CUCGGUAGUAGAAUAUAAUUUUACAUUUCAGUCUUCGUGUGAAGGCAAUUGUCGGAUUUUUCUCAUUUUAGUCGUUUUUUGAAAUGUAUUUCUUUUCCUUUAUCUCGUGAUAGGUUUAAAAUUCCAUUAACUUACGCUUUUUAAAAGAAAUUUAUUUUUAAUUAUUUAUUCAAAGUUUUACUCUUUUCUAAAUAUAAUAGUUUGAAUAUUAUAUCAACUAAUCCAUUGUAGCACCGUGGUUAAAAUUCUUGCUUUGAAUUUUCAAUUUCAAAGCCCGGCAAUGGAAUAUAAUUUUGCAUUUCAGUCUUCGAGGGAAGGGAAUUGUUGUAUAACUUUCCCUUUAUAUCGUGAUUGGUAUAAAAUUCCAUCAAUUUACAUUUUUCUUAAAAGAAAUUUGUUUUCAAUUAUUUAUUUAAAGUCUCUCUUUUUUAAUGUGUUUUUUUUGCUUAUGUGUUGGUUUUAUUUGUGUCUGUUUAUUUGAAUAUUUCUGGGCUUCUUUUCGUUCUUUUUGAAUUUGGGAUUCUUUUUAUAAGUUUGGGUUAUUUCUCUUAUAUUUUAGAGUUUAAUUUGCUAUCAAAUUUGAUCUAUUUCGUUUCAAAUUUCCUUGGAUUUUGAUUUUUAUUAGUAUUUUAUUUCUGAAAUUUCAAUAAUGAAUGGGUACUUUGAAUCGGCCCCAUUGUAAUACACAGAGGAAUGCUACCACUUCUGUUCCUUGGUAUGGUGUUUUCGUGUUUGUCUUUAUAUGUAAGCAAGGAACUUAUUAGAUAUCAAUGCUUUUUGUGUUCAUAGAUAUUAUGAAAAUACAAGCAAUAUGUUUCCACUAUCUUGAAUUUUCUAUUAAGAUAUUUUCCUAUAUGAUGGGUGCUGCAGAUGACUGCAAUAUCAAAGAGGGAAGAUUUCCUGGGAUUUUCUAAGCCAAAAAACUCAUGUAGAUUGCAAGUGGCUUCACUGCUCAUUCAUACCUAAAAAUAAACUAUCUUUGCUGAUAGGGGCAUCAUCUAUUUGCUAGGUCUUUUUGCCUGCAAUUCAGUGUUAAAAUGUCCAAGCACUUUGGAUCAAUCUUUUAAAUAGUCCCUAAGUUUCACUGCACACUAAGUUCUUUCAUGGUGUCCGGCACUUAGAUGACACUGGUUUAAAAAUAACUGUUUCAUGGUUUGACGGUCCAUAAAGACUAAUCUUUUAAGAGUUGAUGACUAUCCUCUGUCAUUGCACCUAACACUGUUCAUUUUUUUACCCAGAAUACUAUAUAAUUUUCUUUAUUUAUAUAUGUUAGGAUGUUAGAUGAGUUGAAAAACAAUGAUUUUCUUGAAAGCUGUAAUGGAUAUUUUAUGAAAUCAAAAAAACAUUCUUUAUUUUUUCUGAACUUAAAACUGCUUUGUGAAUGAUUAAAUUCCCUAUCUUAUUGCUUGUUGUUUGUCCUGAAGGAGGAUGCAAUGUAGGGACAAGUUGGUUUCAAGUCACUUUCUUUAUUUUUGGCUUUUGGCCAUGAAACCUAGGUCAUUGUCUUUUCAUUCUCCGACAAAUCUAGGGGGAACCUUUGUCUGUUUAUUUUGUUCUUUUAUAGAUUGUCGGUAAAUGAAAACAAUAUCAUUUUCUUUUGGCUUCCAAGUUUUGAAGGAGGAUAUCCAAAACUCACCCACCACUAGAAAUGGUAGUGGAUGCAAAACCUUCAAUUUUCCUUACCAAUAGAACAUAUCAGAUUCUAUUUGCCUUUUCCCUUACCAUUAGUGAUAUUUUCCUUUUUCCCCCUUGAGAUUUUUAAGGUAUCUAUUUAACUAAUUCAAGGACCAAACUGCUUAAACGUGUGACAAUGUGCAUCAUUUUUAUUUCAUCUAUUUUUCCAUGCCCUGUAAUAUCAUAUAUGUUCACUGUCUUGUUGCGAUAUUGUCUUUUUGCCAUGGUUAUGCAAUUAUAAUGGGAGUAGGCUAAAAGGUAUAAUCCCUCAAAUAUAUGAAAAAACUUGAAAAGGAUAUCAAGAAUACCCGUGUAGGAUACAUAUUCAUAUCAACAGUCACUUCUGGAGUUCGGGGUAACAUAGCUAGGAAGACAUUUGCUACUCUUUAUUGUAGUUUAAGACUUUUAAGUAGCAUCUUGGAUGGAUUAUGCUUGUGCAUGAACCUGCUUUUCCUUUAUUUCUUGUUUCACCUUUUAUAGCCUAUAAAUUUAUGAGAAAUGACAGUUGUUUUAGUUUAUAAAAUGCUGCUUAAGAUAAAGAUUGGACUAUGUACAAGAACCUAAUUUCUUUCUUACAAGUUUGGCCAACAAGUCAUCUAUUUUGUAAUGUUUAAAAGGAAAGUGUGGGGUGGGGUUUGAUGCAACAAAACAAUAUGAGUGCUGUUGUGGGGUUACACAUUUUCUGUUCCUUUUCUCCUUUUCCCUUUUCAAUUAUUAAAAUCCAUUGUCUCUUGCCAAAUAAACCAUAUAUAAAGCUGUUAGGAAGGAGGGAUAUUAAGGUAUAUAUAUGUUACAUGAGAAUUGGGGCCUUUGCUUGUAGUCCCCUUCUCUGUUUCUCUUGCAUCCCUUUCAUAGAGUGGAAGCCAUGGAAACUUCACAACCCCUCUCCAUUGAAAGCUUUUCAUAUAGUUGGUUAGUGAACCUAAAACCUUCUUUAGAUAGUGUAGACAGCUCCCUUAGAGCUUCACUUGAUGCAUAUGAUGAAGCUUCCUUCAUCGAAAUGGACCCGAGGAUGCCACCUUCCAAGAGGUUCUUCAGAAAUUCUCAGGAUUUUAAGUUUGAUUUUCCCAUUUCACAAACUCCCCUCACACUUGUUCAUGCCGAUGAGCUCUUUUCCAAUGGCCAUGUCAUGCCUUUUUUCAUUAAGCCUUCGAAGGUGGAGGCGUACGAAGUCUCCGGUUCGACUUCAUCCCUGCCUACUACCACUUCACAUGCACCAGAUCUCAUGGUUCCGCCAUGUAAAACGAGUCACCCAUCUUUGACAAGGUGUCGAAGAUUGUCCAAGCGGAUAUUUUCCAAGUACUUGAACUUUGUUAGGCCAUUAUAUAGAAGGAUAUUAAGAGGAAGCAAGUCAAGUGGUAGAGCUGAAAGUGUUGAUGCAAGAGUUCAUUCAAGGAAGAACUGGGUGUAUUCAACCACAACAUCUCCUCGAAUCAGCGUCGCAUACUCCGCCGACGAGUACCGAAAAUCAUGUGAUUCUGAAAGCUCAAUAUAUGAGGCAGUUCUCCAUUGCAAAAAAUCAAUCGGAAAAUGAAUGGACUAGAAUCCAUUUCAAAUCCACAUGAAGAGAAGAAAUAGGUGGUCACAAGAAGAUUACUUGGCCACUUGUUAUUUGUCCUUUUCUUUUCUGUUCUGACAUUGACAAUGUACAAUUUGUACUGUAAGGAUGUUAAAAGCUGUGAAAAUGUAUUUGGCCAUUGAAUUCUGGCCCUCAUGAGGAAAAAAGUGUAGGGGCUCACAACUUAAAAGGAAAUCUCUCCUUUAUUUCUGUAAAGUUUUAAAUUUAUGAAAUGAUAAGGAAUUUCUUUUUGUUUCGAGGAUA